GACAAUUAUUGACGAAUGCAAUGGAAUUGGAGUAGCGGCUUUACUUAAUAAAAUUAUUAUUAGUUUUCGUAAUUAUGCCAAAAAUAAUGUAAUAAACAGGACAAUUUCAUCUACAGAGUGAUAUUUUUGUAUCUUGAAACAAGUACAGACACUUUUGUCUUAUUAAGUACCCAGAGUUUUUAAUCAUGGCUUACCAUUACUCUGAUAUGGGUAUGACACCAGAUUUAAUGAAUGAACAAUACAUUCCGGAGUAUGCUAGAUCAUACAUGAUCCAAAACCCCGAUGCUGAUUAUGAGGUCCGUAGUUCAGUGCUGGUCGAUGGUGGAGAUAGAUUUGGUGUUUCAGCUGUGACAUUUGAUAAAUUUGAAGAAUUGAUAUGGAUGGGCAAUGCUGGUGGCCAUGUAACAUCAUAUCACGGACCACAGAUGACAAAGUAUACUUCAUUUCAAGUUCACAUGACGGAAGAAAUAAGGGACAUUAUAACCCUUGAGCAGGGUCUAUUCAUAUUGUCUAAAACACAGCUGCGGCAUCAGAUUCGCAGGGGACUGCCUAAACAUACUCACACUUCAGUGAACAUGACCGAAAUGCAGUGUCUCUUCCAACCAAGCCCUACAAAAUUGCUGAUGGGUGGACACCAAGACAAACUCAUUGAUUUUGAUGUCACCAAGAUGACUGAAUCCGUUAUUCCGAUUCCAGAGGACGGUUGUGCCGUACUCCGUAGCGGGGGUGGAUCACUAGUGGCUUGCGGUAGUGCGAACGGAACGGUGUCAUUGCGAGAUCUCAGAACUCCGAUGGUAGCGCAACACACUUUCAAGGCGCAUACCGCGUGCCUGUCCGAUUUGGAUAUGCAAGGGGAUCUGCUUAUUACAUCUGGGUUCGCUCAAUCUGCUACAAUGGCAGUACCAGAACAAUACGUAGUUGUAUGGGACGUGCGUCACCUCAAAGGAACCGGUGCAUGGACGAUCCCCGUUGCUUCACCACCGUUCCUCCUGCACUUCCUACCAGCUAUAUCGGGCAGGGCUCUGGCCAUGUCCAGCGCGGGACACGUGGCCCUGUUGCAUGUGAACGAUAGGAGCGAGUCGGAAAAGCAGUCAGUGUUCCAGGUGGACACACAAGGUUCAUUCUGCAGUGUGAUGGAUGUGUCUGGAACGAGCCAAGCUUUUGUAUUUGGGGAUCAAGCUGGCCAUCUGCAUUUGUUCUCAUCUAAACAUAAUAAUGAGCCAGUUUUCAAUAACUUCUCUCGAGAAACAGAGUUUGCAACACCGGUGAGGUUGCCAUACGCGAGUAUAAACGACCCGUCGUUCAGAUUCUCGUCAGUCCCGCUGCCGCCGCUCACAACUGGCACUAAAUGGUUCCAUGAACUGCCUGAGGAGUUCUUCAAGAAGGUGUUCAGAAAGCCAAAGCCGAUAGAUCCGGAAGUAUUGAAGACCAUGAAAAUGAAAGGACCCAUUGGGUAUGCGCCUAACCCGGGAACAAGACGGCGUAAUGAGUAUCCAUACAUAGAUGAUAAUAUGGAAGACUUGCAUAGAUGCAGACUUCAUGACACCUCAGCGAAUGCAAAACCAAUUCCGAAGGAAUAUCAGAAGUUGGAAAUCAUAUACAACAAGAAUGAACCAAAUGAAGAAUUGGAGAACUGCAAUAGAACUGGCCUGCCGGGCAUUGAAGCCACACUACCUAACUCAUACUGCAAUCCUAUGAUACAGAUCCUGUACAACAUGCCACCAUUGAAGUCGACGCUGAUAGCUCAUACUUGCGCCAAGGAGUUUUGUCUCACUUGUGAAUUAGGUUUCCUAUUCCGAAUGUUAGACACGUCCGGAGGAGCUCCGUGCCAAGCGAAUAACUUCUUACGUGCAUUUCGCACUGUGCCCGAAGCUGCCGCGUUGGGACUUAUACUCCCCGAUCGAGGGACUGAUAGGAAAGUCGAUCUUGUUGCCUUGAUACAGAGUUGGAACAGAUUUAUUCUUCAUCAAAUACAUUACGAGCUUCUGGAAACGCGUAAGAAAGAAAAAGAGCUAGCUAUAUUGGCUCAGAACGCUAGUCCGCCGAAACCGGCAAGAUUAAAGAAUAACCUGAAGAAGCAAAUGAAUGGACAAUUCGAAGAGUACCAGUAUACGGAAUUGGAAUUCCUCGGUCCUUCUGAAUAUGACCACGAAUAUAAGAACGGAUUGGACGAGAAGUGGAAAGAAAAUGGGAUUGAUGAAGGAAGCGUUGGCAUGGAGAAUCUCCAAUGCUCAAUGGACAAAGAACUGUCGAAUCACACAAACUCCGAGAGAGAAGAGUCUGAAAUUUCGAAGCUAUUUGCGAUCGCGCGGCAACAGUUGAAUAGGUGUCUUAAGUGUAAUAAGGAGGAAGAACGCGAGUCCGUAGUACUGGCUUGCGCGCUUCAGUACGCGUCGAGCCGUGACGGCGAGCGCACGUGCGGGUUCCUCGAGCUCGUGCGUGCGUCGCUCUGUGCGAGACGAUCGACUCCCGCGUGGUGUGAACGGUGUUCGAGGUUUACACCUACUACGCAGAGAGGAAGGCUUAUGAGGUUGCCGCCAAUUUUAGCGAUCAAUUGCGGAGGAGUAUCUGCUGAAGAAAAGGCUUAUUGGACGAAGGGACCUCCGAAGGAAAUGAUAGUUGAUCCAAUGAAACGCAGCGGUAACGGAAAACCGUGUCGCUACGGGUUACACUGCGCUCGGCCCGGGUGCAGAUUCAAACAUCCAGAAAGGCCGUCUAGUUCUACGCAGGUUAAUUCAAAGAGCGAGACGCAAGACAUCAACUGUAUCAUUCCGUUGCACUUGCACAUACGGCUGCAAUCUGAUGGUGAUAUUGUUAUUAACGACAAGCUCGAAACGCAAACAGACAAACAGGAUAAACACAAAAAGAAGCCGAAUUGCACGCACUCGGACGCCGAGUACACGUUAACCGCAGUGGUGCUUUGUAUCGAGGAUAAUCCGAAGAAUCUCGUCGCGUAUGUAAGAAUAGCGGACAAGGGAGACGCGAAUUGGUAUCUGUACAAUGAUUUGAGCAUAGUACAAGUAGCAGCGGAAGAAGUGUCCCAAUUCAGCCCGUGGUGGAAGUCCCCAUGCGUGUUGUUCUACACGAGCUCGCGGGUGUUGCACGCGAAGGACAUGAAAACGCUCUCCUAGCUGUUGUUUUACGGGCCGUUCGCUUUUUGCAACGGUCCAGGUGAAGAAGAUGUCAAAUAUAUCCGAUAAAUAUUUGAAACGCUUCUCAAAUGUCCAAUAAGGUUAUUCUUGAUAAGUAUUUAUAAUGCGAGAGCAUUGAUUUUAACAUUUAAGAUAAAGCUCUUUUCCGUUGCAUUUCGAACGAAAUGCUGAAGCUUUCCGAGCUUUGUGUGGUGAAAGAAUGAUUCGAGUUAUAGUUUUAUAUCGUUUAAGAGCUAGCGCGCAAGAGCAACUUUUGUCUCCGCAACUAUUUUGUCUCUCCCAUCAACUCUAUGGACUAAUAAAAGUCUCCCGGGAGCAUUGAGAUAAUAUUACUACGUAUGGAGGAGACACCACGAACAAAAUAUGUGCGCCAUUUUUUGCUCUAAGUUUUAAAAAUUAUUAUAUAGUUAGG